UACGAGUCUCGAAUAUCCGCCGAUCGAGGCGCCAUCUGUGCCGAUAAAAUGACCGGACUCGGGGCCUCGAGAGCGCACUCCUCGUUCACGCUCGGUCCAGGAACUUUAUCAGGGAAACCGUCCUCCGCCUGUCGCAUCCAUGGCUGAUCUCAACCCCAGGGACAUCGAGAAGGCGGAGUUCGCCUUCUCCAUCUACGACACCACCGGGACCAACAACAUCGACGCCUUCGACCUGGGCGACGUGUUGCGCGCCCUGAACCUGAACCCGACCAACGCAACCAUCGAGAAGCUGGGUGGUACCAAGAAGAGGGGCGAGAAGACCCUGACCUUGGAGGAGUUUCUGCCGAUCUACAGCCAGGUCAAGAAGGACAAGGACCAGGGUUGCUACGAGGACUUCCUGGAGUGUCUCAAGCUCUACGACAAGGCCGAAAACGGGACCAUGUUGGCGGCCGAGCUCUCCCACAUGCUGCUGUCUCUCGGCGAACGACUGACCGACAAGGAGGUCGAGAUCGUCCUGAGCGAGUGCAUGGACCCAGAAGACGACGACGGAUUCAUCCCCUACGCCCCAUUCGUCCAGAAGCUGAUGUCCUAGACUUGGUGGUCGGCGAUUUAAAAAUAAUAAGAAUCUCCACCCCCGUUCCUUAAAAGAAUGUGCGACAAAGCGGCAGCGGGCGACGAUUAAGCGCAGCGGACAAGCAGCCGAAGAACUGCGCUCGGCCCUGGUCCCGUGGCGAACGUGGACCACCCUCUUCGAGGACCUCUUCGGGCCCAGAACUUCGGGGAUCGUGCGCCCCCUUACUCCCAGUAUUUUCCUCCCAGCUGAGCGAAACGACCCCCGAAUUCGGAGGUGGUGAAAAUAUCCAGAAAGCCGAUUCGGGGACCGAGGUUCGCCGGCACGGCAUCUUCUUCAUCGUCAUCCGUCUCGCCCCCAGGUCCGGGAUUCGAACGAUUUGGCCACUCGCGUCCAUGGGAAUGUCACAGGGUGGGGCGGCGGAAAGGACCCCUUAUCGCCAGCUGUCCGCUCAAUAAAUGAUAACUCAUCAUGCAUCGAUUUCUGACCUCUCAGCUGACUCGGCAGGAUCUGCUCUUCGGGUACUUCGUAUUUAUUUAUUCAUCCGCGAUUCGGGAUGCGAUCUUAAGACGGUAGCUAAGGAGUACUAGAGCAGGAUCUUGAUGAGUAUUUAAAGCAACGGAAGGACUUGAAAUCUGGAUCCAUCCUGGAGUCUGUGCAUCUCCUGGACGUGAGCGACACUCGUCUCGUCGCCCCUCGUGUUUCGCACCCCCGGGAACCCCCUCGAAAUCUCAUCUUGCCCAAGGCGCCGUUUCGCACCUAAUGGAACACUCUGUUAUUUUGCAUACCAUUGCUAAUUAAUAAACUGCACUUCCGUCCUCGGUUAGUGCCAAAAGUC